GGAGGAGGAGGAGGAGGAGGAUGAGGAGGAGGGGAGGGGUUCUUGCAGGAUAUAUAGAGUGAAGGAGGCUUGCAACACCGCACAACUCAUAUCACCACCAACACCACCACACCACCACCACCAUGAAGACUCUAGCUGGUGUUCUGUUUGCACCUUUCUCGCCUUGGUCAGGGCUCACCACGGCGAUGACGGAACGGUGAACUGCCACUGUGGUAUUCUGGCGGUCACUCACUACGGCCUGGUGGAGGUGGACUUCCCUCAUGAGCACAUAGCCAACUGUGGACUGGUGGCCGAGUGUAGUAACGUUUGCAAGGACACGUGGGCAAAGGUGAUGAGUGACGGUAACCUGAACAGCGCGUCAGACACCCCAGGGCAGACUGUUGGCCAGGGACUCUGCAACAAGCUAGCCAAGAAAGGUCUUCAAAACUUCGGCCCCUAUAAGGUCCACGGUUACCGCAGUCUGUGUCAGGAGAGCCUUCAGUACGACGGCCUGGUGUCCGCGCAGGAGCUGUGUUGCAAGGAGGGGCAACACACAGAGUGCACAGGAGAUGAAAUGUUUCCACACGGACCCUUCCACACACACACCCACGACCACAACCACACCCACGACCACGACCACGACCACACACACUCCCACGGCGAUGUCACACACUCACACCCACACAACCACGCUCAUAACCACAACCACAGACGUUAAACACACACACACACACACAUGUACAGUAUCUCCCUGCAAAAUUUGACAACAACAACAAAGAAAAACAAUAACAAGAACAAUAUGAAUAAAA